CUGGAUGUUUUUUGGGUGGACAAGAAGUGUCUUCGGAGCUUCCGAAAGACGCAUAAUCCAGGAUUGCACUAUGAAAGUCUUUACGCUCCUGUCCAUUGUGUCUCUGUGUUCCACAAAACCAUUACUUCAGGAUGAAGUCAGUCCUCUCAUGGUAAAAUACGACAUUCCAGCAAUACCUACUGCACACCAUCCGAUCUUCACUUGUCCACUGGAAUGUACAUGUCAUAUACGGGUAGUCCAAUGCUCAGAUGCUGGUUUAAGGUCAGUGCCAGCACAAAUUCCCAGAAGCACGGUCAUGCUUGAUCUUCAGAACAACAAAAUUAGUGAAAUAAAAGAAAAUGAUUUCAAGAAUCUUCCUUCACUCUAUGCACUUUUUCUGAUUAAUAAUCAGAUACAUAAAAUGCAUCCAAAAGCUUUUAAAUCGAUUAAGCACUUGAAAUUGCUUUACCUUUCAUGGAAUCUGAUGCCUCAGGUUCCCACCAAUUUACCCAAAUCACUUGUGGAACUAAGAAUUGAUGACAACAAAAUUAAGAAAGUACAGAAGGAUGUUUUUAAUGGAAUGAAGCACUUACACGUUUUGGAGUUGAGUGGAAAUCCGCUGGACACUCCUGGUAUUGAACCUGAGGCUUUUAAUGGGGUACCCCAACUAUUUUAUAUAAGGAUUUCACAGGCAAAGCUAUCUUCAGUUCCAAAGAAUCUACCAUCCAACCUCUAUGAAUUGUACCUUGACUCUAACAAGAUUUCAAUGGUGGAACUUGAGGAUUUUAGACGAUAUAAACACCUCUACAGGCUGGACUUGGGAUAUAACCAAAUUAAAGAGGUUGAAAAUGGCAGUUUAGCCUAUCUUUCUAAUGUAAGACAGAUCCAUUUGGAAAACAACAAGCUUAAGAGAGUUCCUCCUGGUCUAAAUGAACUGAAAUAUCUUCAGGUAGUAUACCUUCAUAAUAACAAUAUUAGCAGCGUUGAUGUAAAUGACUUCUGUCCAAGGGGAUCUGGAAUUAAGAGAGCCUUCUACAAUGGAAUCAGUCUUUUUGGAAAUCCUGUGAAAUACUGGGAAAUUCAACCGGCUUCUUUUCGAUGUGUGUCCAGUGCCUAUGGGUUGCAUCUUGGAAAUUUCAAGAAGUAAAGGAAGCAGAACAAUGUGAACAGAUAGUGCUCUUUAUGGAGAAUGGGAUUAAUUUCCAUUUGCCAAUAUAUUAACCAACAAGAGGAAUAUAUCCCUAUGAAGACCUCUGCUCUCAGCAUAUGGACAGUACUUUACUGUGGU